AUGGAAAUAGUCCUGUCCGAGUCCCAACCCAAGUCGACAGAUACCGCAAUCGUCGCAAUGGUAGAUAUUUUUGAUCUCGUCGUUAUCAAACAGUUUGCACGUAGCACAGUAAUAUUCGCUCAAUUUGCGGUCGCAGUUGACGCAAAACUGUUGGGCCAGUUGCGGCGUGUUGCAAAACAUGCACAGAACAUGAGAAAUCCGGUUCCGUUGCAACUGGUGUGA